CAUGGUGGAUCAGCUGUUUUCAUUUUUCUUUAUCAGUAAAUUGUUUCCAUAAACGAAGCAUUGUAUGGUCACAUAGCCAUGUGUGAAUUAAAAUGGGCUCCAUCGCAUCGGUGCUGCAAUGGCAUUGUCAGGCGUGUGGUCAGAUCAACCCAACGGAGAGUGUAAAAUGCUUAAAAUGUGGUACAAAGAGAAUUUCGAGUCAUGACAGUGGAUCACAAAAACGCUAUUUUACCGGAGACUCAUCAUCAGAAUACGCUUCUCGUACGGAAAAAAGUGGAGGCACGACUCCUGGCUCGGAAAUUAUCGUUAUACCGACAACAAAUAAUUUCAAUAGCGGAUGGUCCUGCGUGGGAUCAGCGCCACUGGCGCGGCGUGCGUGGCGCUGCGGUUGCGGACUUCGGAAUGUGUCCGCGGCGUGGCGCUGCACCGCUUGCGAUGCGCUUGCACCUCAUGCACCUGUAUACAGACUGUCUGAUGAUGAAGAACAAGCUUCAGGGAUGACGGACAAGGAUAAAUCGGCUCAAGAUAACACUAUGAUAAGAUCCAACACCCUGGCUGUUCCUUCAUACAAGCCUUCAUCCAGUUUUUCUGACGGUCGCCGUCUCAACCUUGAUCUUCAGUCACUCCGUUUAUCUCCUACUCAACUUACAGACCAAGCACACGGAGUCACCAGAUCUCUGUCCCAUGGAUCAGUGAUCAAUUCCCAACAGAAGUGGUGGAAUGUAGAAGAGAAUAGAGGCACUAUCAAUAGACCUACAAGUCUCAUGGUCUCGGAGAGAUAUGGUUUCAAUACCACCCAGUAUAACCCGAGAGAAUCAUUUCUGAGAAGUAUACAUUCAGUGACAAGGAAACCGAAGAAAUCAAAUGAAAGCAAGUCGAAUUGGGAAUUAAAUUAUGUGAAGGAAUACCAACGGGAACAGAGUAAAGCAUUAUAUUUGAAAAAAUGGGCUUGCAGUAAAUGUACUCUAGAGAAUUCUGGUAUCAGAACUCAUUGUGAGGCCUGCCUUUCACCCAGAAUAUCUCCCUUGGCGAGAAUCUCUAAUACAAGAGGUCUGAGUGUAACCACCUUAGGUAGACACGAGACUGCUAGCGGGAGAGAUGGGGCCACAUCUCUGCCUACGUCAGGUGGAGUCAUGAUUACUGUACCAGAUUGGCCACAAACAGGCAGUUCUAUAGAAACAUUCCGAAGAUCUAUUUCAGCGCAAAACUCACCAGAAAUAAGACCGACUUACCGAAGAUCUUUUUCAGAACAUACAGAGAAUAGACCGGUCGGUAAAGUGAUAUCAAGUAGAAGAAGUUUGAGUGAUUAUCAUAAAUCUUUAGAAUAUGCUAAUGUGAAAUCUGAUAAAGAAGCUGAAAAGAAGAUAGAAGAAGGUAAUACAGAGUUAAUAGAUAAAGAAUGCAGUUGGGAUACAAAUGCAGAAGGUGUUAUCUACGCUUUACCAAAUAAAGGGAAAUACAAAGAUUUGAAUUUGCAAUUGCAAGUUAACAAUAAUGGUACAAGAUAUUCUUAUGUCUCAGUACAAGAUACAAAGACGGUAAUGAGUAACUCUCAGAAUGAAGCAUUAUAUUCCAAUGAUAUAAAUGAUGGUGAUUACGCGAGAAUUGAUGAAUUAUUAGGUGCAGAGAAUUGUUUAUCCCCGGCCAAUGAUUCUCAGAACAAUGUGAAAAGUUCCCAUGUGAAGGAACCAACUACUAAAGUGUACAAUAUGCUCCCUUCUAUAGGGAAAGUUUCACAACCGAGGGAAUCUACUAAAGUGCCUUCUACACAACCUGUUGGUCGCAUGUGGCAAUGCAGCGAGUGUUGGUUCGCGUACAAUGUGUGGGGCGCGCGGUGCGACGUGUGCCGCAGCGCGCGCCCGCCCCACGCCGUCACCAUCGCGCCCCACGCGCACCCCGCGCACCCCGCACCCGCCCCGCACCCCACGCACCCCGCGCACCCCGCGCCAGCGCACCCCGCGGACAGAGAACACGCCAGUCCGCGACCAGCCACGUCGUCGGAGAGCGGUGUGAAGCAGGAGCCGGCGCGGAAGCUGCAGGUGCCCAUCGCCUCCCUCGACCACGACCUCAACAGUGAUGAACUGCUUUUCGCUGUCGUGUCGAGUACGGAGGGUAGUGGGGGCGGCAGCGCGGGGGCGUGGUCGUGUGCGCGCUGCACGCUGGUCAACGAGCCCGCGGCCAGCGCGUGCGCAGCCUGCGCCGGAUCUCGGCCCGCGCAACACAACUACUGGUGGUGCAGCUGCUGCACGCUGCGCAACCCGCAGUCGGCGGCGCUGUGCCUGGCCUGCAAGACGCCGCCCGUGCCGCGCCACGGCCUGCCCACGCUGCCCACCCUGCCCACCCUGCCCACCCUGCCGCACAGCCCCACACACACGCCCACGCACACGCCCACCGCGCUAGACACGCCCACUGGUCGCAGUCCGUCCCCGCGUCGCAGCCGACACACCCCCGCGCUGCCUCGCCGCGCGCACAAGACUCCGCCCCCUGAUAACAAGGAGUCAGCAGAGUGGGCGUGCUCGGAGUGCACGUAUGUGAACAGCGCGGCCGCCGCCUGCGAGAUGUGCCAGUCGCCGCGCAGCCGCCUGCUGCCCGCCGCGCCGGACCAGCCCUCGCUGGACGAUGAUGACGAGCCGGAGGGUUCCGAUGCGGAGCGGCAGGAGAGCACGCCCAUGGAGAUCCUGCGGCUGCGUGAGGAGAGCCACGCCUGGACGCAGUGGCAGGAGGUGCUGGCGCAGUGCUCCGCGUCUGGCGAGCCGUACGUGGACGAGUCGUUCCCGGCGGCGGCGCGCUCGCUGUACUACGGCGGCGCGGGCGCGGGCGCGGGCGAGGGCGGCGCGGCGGCGCGCUGGCUGCGCCCCCACCAGAUACACGUGGAUGCGGACCCCAGGCUGCCCUGGGUGGUGUUCCGCGACCCCAGACCUUCAGAUAUCUCGCAAGGUGUACUAGGUAACUGCUGGCUGCUGUCAGCUCUAGCCGUGCUGGCUGAGCGCUCAGCUCUGGUCCGCGGCGUGGUGGUCCGCGGCGAGCCAGCGCGCGGCGCGUACCAGCUGCGGCUGUGUAAGGACGGCCGCUGGCUUACUGUCACUGUUGAUGAUUUACUGCCGUGCAAUAAGAAGGGACAGCUCGUGUACUCACAGGCAAAAAGGAAACAACUUUGGGUGCCGCUGAUAGAAAAAGCGGUCGCGAAACUUCACGGCUGCUAUGAGGCGUUGGUCUCCGGUAGAGCUAUUGAAGGUCUGUGCACGCUGACGGGCGCGCCGUGCGAGUCGGUGUCGCUGCAGGCGGGGGGCGCGGGCGGCGCGGGCGCGGGCGCGAGCGGGGCGGGCGCGCCGCUGGAGCAGCUGGACCGCGACCUGGUGUGGGCGCAGCUGCUGUCCUCGCGGCAGGCCUGCUUCCUUAUGGGAGCCAGCUGCGGCGGCGGCAAUAUGAAGGUCGAUGAAGAAGAAUACCAGCGUCUCGGUCUUCGUCCGCGGCACGCGUACUCCGUACUGGACGUGGUGGAGCUGUGCGGUACUGCGGGGGGCACUGGUGAGCCCCUGCGCCUGCUGCGGCUGCGCAACCCCUGGGGGCACUACACGUGGCGCGGCGCGUGGGCGCACGCGUGCCCCCGCUGGACGGAUGCACUGCGGAGAGCAGUGGCCCCGCAUACUGCGCCUGAUGAUAGAGAUCAUGGCGUCUUUUGGAUUGGAUUUGAUGAUGUUUUGAAGUACUUCGACUGCAUCGACAUCUGCAAGGUGCGCGUGGGGUGGCACGAGACGCGGCUGGCCGGCAUCCUGCCGCCGCUCUCCUCCACGCGCCACCUCACCUGCCUGCUGCUCACCGCCACGCACCCCACGGAGGUCGACUUCACUCUCUUCCAGGAGGGACAGAGGAAUUCAGCGAAAAGCCAGCGCUCGCAGCUGGACCUGUGCGUGGUUGUGUUCCGCACCAAGUCGGGGCCCAGCGCGCAGGUCGGCAAGCUGGUCGCACACAGCAAGAGACAGGUCCGCGGCUUCGUUGGCUGCCACAAGAUGUUGGAAAAAGGCUUCUAUCUAGUAGUAUGUCUCGCAUUCAACCACUGGCAUACUGGCUUGGAGCUAGCGGACAGCGCUGGCUGGCCACGCCACGUGCUGGCGGUGCACUCCUCGAAGCCGCUGGCGGUGGAGCGUCCCUCGCUGCAUCCUCACAUCCUGGCUGAUGCCAUCAUCGGACUGACACUCGCGCGCGGACAACGACAUGAGGGUAGACAGGGAAUGACUGCGUAUUAUCUUACUAAGGGAUGGGCUGGUCUGGUUGUGAUGGUAGAGAACCGUCACACGGACAAGUGGAUCCACGUGAAGUGUGAUUGUCAGGAGAGCUACAAUGUCGUCUCCACGCGGGGAGAGCUCAAGACCAUCGACUCCGUGCCGCCGCUGCACAGGCAAGUGAUAAUAGUGUUGACUCAACUGGAGGGCAGCGGCGGGUUCUCGAUCGCGCACCGGCUGACGCACCGGCUGGCGGGCGGCGCGCGCCUGCAGGACUGGGCGCCGCGCGCCGCCGACCCGCCGCAGCACCGCCCGCCGCUGGCGCGCCGCCUGCACGGCCUGCACGCGCCGCGCCUCAUCACUUAGACAUCUCUACACCGCAUAUAUAACUUUAAACAGUCUGCUUUUUAUAAAUAUAAUGUCCCUAAGAUACUGGUUUCUUACCAAAAUUAGCUUGCUUUAGCUCCUGAUAUUUUUUUUAUAACAUAAGGUGGCAAACGAGCAACCCAUAGAUAUCUGCAAUAACGGAUGCGUUGCCUAUUAUCCGACGGAGGAGAAGACGCACAUAAAGAGUGUUCCCCUUCCUAUGCAUUUCCACUGUCAAAUCCACUUCCCCUUCUCAUCCUCUCCUUAUAAGAAAAGGGUGGUAAAAAGAAAGAGACUUAAAUUUGGCUUUAUAUUGUAGCUAAAACAAGAUAAUUGUGCGAAGAAACCCGUCUCUUACGAACAUUAUAUCUAUACACCAUGUAUACAACGUGUAUACCACUUGUAUACAACAUGUAUCAUGUAUACAUAAUUUAUACAACAAGUAUACUGCAUGUAUACCACAUGUAUAUAACAUGUACACUGCAUGUAUACCACAUGUAUACCACGUGUAUACAACAUGUAUACCACAUGUAUACAUGUAUACUGCAUGUAUACACCACGUAAACAGUUGGCUUAGUAAUGAUACUUAAAUGGGAUAUUUGACAUGCAUAUAGGAAGCAAUUAACACCUUACUAAUAUUAUACACUAGCUGUCGCCGUGCUAUGUCCGCGCGGAAUUAAAAUAAUAGUUUCCGCGAUUGUACAGACAGGGGUCACCAACAUUGAUAUACUUUGUAUAUUGAUAAGUCAGGGGUAAAAAACAUUUCCAGUCUAAUUAACUUGUUUCAUUAAUAUUUCCAGUGUACUUUGUUCUAUCAUUAUUUGAAUGUUUCAUUUAGUGUAUUAAAUUUUCGCUUUUAAUUUGUUAUGAAUAUGGUUCAAAUUGAAAUAAAUAAAACUCUCGAGGCGGGAUAUCGUAAUGUUUGAAAAAGACAGUGUUCUUAACGCCUUUAUUACGUAAGUACUAGCGUUAGAAAUGGCUUGUCAAAUAGACUAAGGAGUGAUUAAGUUCGGUUCGUGAUACGGUUAGUUAUUGUAUUUAAGCAUUUAUGUGCUAGGAAUAAGGUUGAAAUUUGAAUGUUGUUAACACAGACAAGCCAUAUUUGAACGAUUGAAUACUGUUUGAACAAAUGUAACAUGAAUAAUAAGGGGAAAGUCUUAAUCUAGUCAAAAUCACAUUAAAACAUGGCGUUUUCAAAAAAAAUAAUAUACUGAAAUUAUUUCGUUUUCAGCACUUUAAAUAAGUCAAAUUUUUGACAAUAAAAUUAUUAAAAAGAUAUUUUUUUUUUGUUUCCAAUGAGUUAAAAAUUA